AUGCCCCUUGAUGCUUCCCCGUGCUAUUAUAAAUACUGCACGCGCUGGUUCUCCAUGAAUAACGCACCCCCUUUGUUUUUUGAAGAAACUUUCGCUGGGUCUUUGGGCGACAUUUCCUUCAAAGUCUUCAUGGACCGAGAGCUGUCUAAAGUUCAUAUAUACGCCGUGCAGGAGGGAGACACCCAGGACUACUCUGACAAACUUUCAUCUAAGAUAAAAGAAGUCAUUCGCUGCAAAAAAGCAUAUGUAACUUGCUAUUUAAAUCCAGGAGAAGACCUGCUUCCAAUCAAGCUUAUUUUGCAAAAAUACGCAGAACUAUUGGAGAAUUAAUAGAAUAAAUUGCUAAAUUAGGGCUUUUCUGAAAAGGAAAAUAAAUUAGUGUUAAAUAAAUCCAUUAGUAC